AUGCCCCGAGAGGCGGUCCGUUUCCACGCCAAGGCCGUGGGCGCGCAGGUGCGUCUGGACGCGCAGCGGAGCACCGCGCGCAGGCGCGCCACGUUCCAUGACGGCAUCGUGUUCAGCCAGCGGCCGGUGAGGCCCGGAGAGCGCGUGGCGCUGCGCGUGCUGUUUCACGAGCGCGGCUGGGUUGGCGGCCUCCGCAUAGGCUUCACGCGCCUGGACCCCGAGCGGGUGACCGCGCCCAGCCUACCGCCCUUCGUGUGCCCGGACCUGGAGCAGCAGAGCCCGACGUGGGCGGCCAUGCUGCCCGACGGCUGCGGGCUCACCGGGGACGUGGUGUGCUUCUGGGUGAACCGCCUGGGCCGGCUCUUCGCCCAGGUAAACGCGGGCCCCCGGCUCCUGCUGCGCAAGGGCGUGCUUAUGGGCGCCCCGCUCUGGGCCGUGAUGGACGUGUACGGGACCACCAAGGCCAUCGAGCUGCUGGAUCCUACAGUCAGCACCUCCACCCCAACCAUGCCAUGGGUCCUCAGUGAUGAGGCUCUGCCUGAGCCCAAAGCCACAGCAGGAGAGGAGUGUGCCAUCUGCUUCCACCAGUCUGCCAAUACCUGCCUCGUCCCCUGUGGCCACACACACUUCUGCAGCUGCUGUGCCUGGCGGGUCUUCAGGGACACGGCCAAAUGCCCCGUGUGUCGCUGGGAGAUUGAGGCGGUGGCCCCGGCUUGGGACCGUCCUGCUCUGGGCCCUGGUAUAGGUGCACAGCUCUGAGCCCGGCCCCUGCCAAGGGACGAGGUGCAGCUCUGCCCUCUUUCUGGAGAAGAGUCAGAAAGCCUGGUUAGCAACAGGUGUGGCGGAGAGACAGAGUCAGGGCUGCAAUGGCUCUUCCCCCUCCUCAGCAGGAGGGGGCCAGUGGACCAAGGAGGUGCCCCUUUCUGCCCACAUCAGAACUACCUCCCUGGUGGGUGCCUGGCUGGAGAAAGUGGCUGAGCAUGGGCCAGCGGGGUUCUCACCCCUCUGCCUAGCUCCAGGUUCAUUUUUGCGUGCCAAGGCUUUUGGCUGGUCACCUGGUUCAGCCACCAUGAACCUAGCAAUCCCUGGUACACCGGAGUCCCAGGAACCCACAUGUGUCAGUGAGAAGGGCCUUUGUGUAGAGACGGGGCAGCCUGAUCCCUGGUUUUAUGGCUAAGGAAGUUAAGGUACCUGCGUGUGUCUGGUGAAGCCCUGCCAACCCCGGGGUAUUGAGGAGCCUGGACCAGAUGCAGGGAGCAUCUGGGUGGAAUUUUGUUUAUUUAUUUAUUUUUUUAAAUUGAAGUAUAGUUGUUAUACGGUAUUAAUAAGUUAUAGAUGUACAAUAUAGAGAUUCACAAUUUUUAAAUGUUAUACUUCAUUUAUAGUUAUUAUAAAACUAUUGGUUGUA